CUGACAUUGUUGGCAUAAGUCGUUUGUCUAACCUAUAAAAUUAAAUGGUUUAAUUUAUUUGAAAAUAUUUAUUGAUGAUAUGACAUAUAAAUAUAGUUAUAUAAUUCAUUGAAUGGGAAUUAUAAUUACACAAUAGAGUUAUUUUAUUGUCAUCCAGAUAGAUAUAUACACAAUGUCUUGUGUUAUCCGAUUCAGACCACUUAUUGCAGCACGUUUCGCAAUAGGUCAGAAAAAUUAUUGCAAUACUAUAAGACAUUUUUCCAAAAGAGAUGGAGAGGAUAACUUUAUAAAUUCAGAAGAUUAUGAAUCAGACAUUAAAUCUAAGAUUUUACGUGAAGCAUUGAAGUUCGUCCCAGAGAAAGGCUGGACAAAAGAUGCUGUGACUGCAGGUGCACAUGUUGCCGGUUACCCAGGGGUAGUUCAUGGUUUAUUUCCUGGGGCAGGAGCAGAUCUUGUUAAUUUUUUUUUGUCUGAUUCCAACAAGCAAUUGGUUGAAAUUUUGAAAAACUAUCAGAAAGAACCUGAGCUUCAGUCAAUCACACCUGUUCAAUUUGUUGAAAAAGCCAUACAACAAAAACUACUCAUGCUAGUCCCUUACAAGAGCAAAUGGCCCCAAGCAAUAGCUAUAAUGUCAUUGCCUCCAAAUGUACCUACAGCUCUUGCUUCACUCUUAACACUUGUUGAUGAUAUUUGUUAUUAUGCAGGAGACAGGUCUGUUGAUUUCAAUUGGUAUGCCAGAAGAAUUGGUGUAGCAGGAAUUUAUAAAACAACGGAGUUGUACCUCAUCCAAGACAAUUCACCAGAUCACAUAAAAACAUUUGAAUUUUUGAAUAAAAGAUUGUCUGAAGCUGUUGUAAUCCACGAUUUAAUAUGUAAGAAUGAUACAGCCAAUCCUGGAACUAAGGAUUCAAUAGUUUCUGCAUUUGUAACAGCCAGAAAUAUACUAGGAUUGAAUUGGAAUAGAUAGUAAAGGCAUCAUUGUAUAUUUUAAAUUUGUUUUAUGGAGGAAAUCAUUGAGUAAAUAUUUUGUUGAGAUAUAUCCAUUUGUUAAUUACUCCAUGUGAAUUUUAAUGUCUCCCUUUUAUUGAUUUAAUUAGAACAAUCUUCAUAUAUCUUCUAUUUUUAUCAACUAUAAGAAAAAUUUGCAAAUGAGGUAGAAAGAAAAAGCAAUUUGAAAUAAAUCUUGAUGUACUAACUGCCCAAAAAAAAAUAAAUCUGUGAUUAUGUCAAUGUAGUCAAAGUAUUAUAAAAUAAGAAUGUGAUCAGUGUCUGGACUUACCUCAACUGAAAAUCAUUUAGGAUAAAAUGAAACUGUUGAAUAUAAUUUUUUUUUGUGAUAUUUGAAACUAAACUAUUGAUACUUAUGAAAUGUUGAGAAAAAGAUAACCUACUCUGGGACUCAAACUUACUGGCUAGCGCUAGAAGAUUGUUUCAGGGAAGAGUUAUUCAAGAGGAUUAAAGCCAUAAUUUUUUUAGUUUGAAUGUACCUUUUCUUCCUAUAAAUGCUUGAAUUAACUAGAAAAAGAUGUUUUUAACUAUAUGGAGGAAUAUUCAUUUUGAAUAAAGUACCUAUUGAACCA